GCAAGAACCUCCGCAGAUGAAUUAGUCUCUGGUGUUUCCAGCACAGUGACAUCAUGGCGAGUGCAACACCUGACCCAUCUCCUAUCUCCGGUGCGAAUAUGCCCCGGAAUAGCGAUGACCAUGACAACAUGCACAUGACAGCAUCUUCUAACAACGAGACAGCGGAUGGCCAGAUGCUGGAGGAUAAGGCCACGGACUUUAAAUCAGACUUUAAAUCAACUUUUACCUCCUUCGGUCAGGUGUCGUCCCCCUCCCUCGAUGUGUAUCGGAUGCAGAUGGGUCAGCUCACCCUCGAGGUGUCAUCUGGAGACAUCACCAAGGAGGCCUGUGAUGUCAUCAUAAAUUCCUCCAAUCAAACCUUUACCCUAAAAUCAGGAGUGUCGAAGGCAAUCUUGGACAGCGCUGGACUAACAGUUGAGCUGGAGUGCUCACAGAUUGUAAAUUCUCCGAAUUACCAGCCUGGUCCGUUCAUCCUGACAUCGGCUGGCCAGCUGCCCAGCACACACAUUAUCCACGUUGUCGGCAAGAAUGAUCCUGCAAAGAUUAAGGAUGUGGUUUACACAGUGCUGAAGUUCUGCGAGGAGAACAAGCUCAGCUCUGUCUCCUUCCCGGCCCUGGGAACAGGUCAGGGAGGGGCCAACCCGUCGGCGGUGGCAGACGCCAUGGUGGAUGGGGUGGUGGACUUUGUGAGGAAGAAGCACCCGAGGUUUGUUUGCAGCGUAAAGAUCCUGAUCUUCCAGACGGUCAUGAUGGCAGAGUUUCACAGGAGCAUGAAGAGGAGAGAGGGGGAGCAGGUCGAGGCCAAGAGCGUCUUAACCGAGUUCAAAGACACUGUCACUUCGUGUUUUAUGGGACGUGGGGAAGAGACUUAAAUAAGUGUCCUCCUAGAGGGGAGAACACUCUGGAUCAUAUUUACUCCAACAUUAAGCACGCGUACACAGCCAUACCCCUCCUCCACCUAGGCC